GAAGAACCUUUUGUGCCAGCGAACGAGGAUGAAAUUGAAAUUCAAACGAGAUUCGACAAAUGGGCGCAGUGAGUGUAUUUUUAUAUUGCCGGUUUUUAACAUUUUUAUUUGGAAUAAUUAGGAUAUAUGUUUGGAAGUUGAAUUGGCACAUUUAACUUAUUUCGCUUCGAUUAAAAUAGUUUUCUAUUGCAAACUAACGUUUUUACAGAUGGAACGCAAUCGUCUAUACGAUAUUAAUGGAAAUCUGUCUAGUAUGCACAAUUGCAUCUUCGAUUACCACGGAUUUUAGAAAUCGAAAAUUAACGUACCGAGCCUGGAUACCUUACAACUAUUCUUCUUUCGUGACGUUCACGAUUGCUUACACUCAUCAGGUCGUAGGUAUAGCGACGUGUUCGGUUUUAAACGUUGCCUGCGACAGUCUGUUCAGUGGUCUGUUAAUACACACGUAUUGCAUAUUCGAGAUACUGGGAUACCGUCUAAAAAAUAUCAUAAAAUAUGGAAGCGAUUCGGCGAAGCAGUGCGCUCGUCUUCAUAAUCAUAUAUACAAAUUUGCCACAACAGUGAACGAAGAAUUUAAAUUAGUAGUAUUCGUCCAGUUCCUGGCGAGCAUGUCUAUGCUUUGCUUCGACCUUUACAGAUUGGCCAAGAACGAAGUGCAUUCUCAGCUUGUGGUAGUGGUGGUUUAUACACUCUGCGCGUUUAUACAGAUAUUUUACUACUGUUGGUAUGGGAACGAAGUCAGAUUAAAGAGUCUCGAAAUUCCUGAGAUGAUAAUCGAAAGCAACUGGAUAUCUUUGGACAACGACGCUAAAAAGAUUCUUCUAAUGAUUAUGAAACGGGCGACUGUGCCCAUAGAAUUUUCCAGCGUGUAUUUGGUGUCUAUGAAUGUCAACACCUUUAAAUCCAUAGUAAAGAGCUCUUACUCGGCGUUCAACGUGCUCCGAAGUGGUCAAGGGGACUAGAAGGAGUGUGCAGUGCUUUUAAAUAUAAUUCUACACUUUUUGAAAGUAACGUAUCACGCGGUGAAUGAUUACGAGAAAGAGAAAAGAAAAGCAAGUAACAUUAUGUGUGUUUGAGAAUGAGUGAAUUUGAUAUAAAACUCGCCACUGUGUCAUAUUACUCCUCAUUGUCUAUAACCUUCGUAAAAUAAAAUUACUGACGUUUGCAAACGAAA